GGAACGUUAGGUAUAGAAUAUAAGAGGAACUGUACCAGAUGGUGAAAUCACACCCAAAACUUAUACUUCUUCGCCCAGAGGGACUAUGUCUGGCCAUGUGGCACCUAUGGGACUGCCUGCUCUCCAUCUAUUUAAGGAUACGACUAGCCGCCUGAAGAGCAAACUCAUGCCCUGAGAACGCUGGCAACGGCACUGUGGCAGUUCUCCGUGAAGUCGAAAACCAAUGGCUAGUACCUAUCAUGCGUUGGAGCUGGCUGUGGGACUGACCAGAGCCCAUGAUGGGUAUGCAGAGAGUCGUUGGUGUUGGAUCACGCCUGCUCGCGAGCCAGCCUCGAGAGUCAGGGGCAACUCGUAUGACUGCUCCCUUGAUCUCCAUGGGCGAGUAGGCGCGUUGGCUUCGGGGUCUCCAUUUUGGCCCGCAGCCCGCGAGGUGGCCACCAUCAGCAUAACGCUUCAAUGUGAUGACGGCGGCCCUCCAUGGAGGCAGAGUCAUGAUCUUUCUGUGCAAAGCACUCAAAGACACAAUGCAACUCCGCAAGAGGAAGCGUUAGUGUUGGUUGGUACUUGCAGGGUGGCAUCAACGCUCGCCUUUGAUCUAUGCAAAUUAGGUGAUACCUGUGGACCACAUGCUCCAUAUAGAACAUUGGAAAGGCACGAUUCAUCAAACCCCGAAUUGUGACCCCAAUGAGACGCGCGUAUGCUGGGUGGGGAUAAAGCUAACAUGACCAAUGAGGAACGGCAAUACCGUACGGAAUAAAUGGUAAGCUGUUGUACUGUGCAGACCAGAUUUGUUAGCGAGGUGUAGACUGCGACUGAUAGAAGUACUUGGACCUCAGGCCAGACAACACAAAGCCAAACUGUUGUUAUCAAUCAA